GGCUCGUCAGCUCAGGGGCGCGUGCCAUAUCCGAAGUGGAAGGGACAGCUCCCAGGUGCUGAAACUGGUCGGCGCUCACAGAGAAAGAGACACAGAGCGGGGAGAGACCAACGCCUGCGAUAGACACAAAUACCAAAAGCCGUAUUUGCAAAACAGGGGUAGAUACAGAUAGAGCCGAGGCCUUCAACACAGAUGGCUGCCACUCAGGAUGCGAAAGGGAAGGGAGAGGGGGGGGACCAAAACUUUGACUACAUGUUUAAGCUGCUGAUCAUUGGCAACAGCAGCGUAGGCAAGACGUCCUUCCUGUUCCGCUACGCCGAUGACGCCUUCACUUCGGCCUUCGUCAGCACAGUGGGAAUCGACUUCAAAGUGAAGACUGUGUACAAGAAUGACAAGAGGAUCAAACUGCAGAUCUGGGACACAGCUGGCCAGGAGCGCUACAGGACCAUCACCACCGCCUACUACCGCGGGGCCAUGGGCUUCAUCCUCAUGUACGACAUCACCAACGAGGAGUCUUUCGGCGCUGUGCAGGACUGGUCAACCCAGAUAAAGACGUACUCGUGGGAUAAUGCGCAGGUGGUGCUGGCUGGAAAUAAGUGUGAUAUGGAAGAGGAGAGGGUUGUGUCAGUGGACAAUGGCAGACUGCUGGCAGAACAAUUGGGUUUUGAGUUCUUCGAGACCAGCGCCAAGGACAACGUCAACGUGAAGCAGACCUUUGAACGUCUCGUCGACCUCAUUUGUGACAAGAUGUCCGACAGCUUGGACUCGGAUCCGGCCGUCACCACAGGAGCCCCCACUGCCAAACUCACAGACAGCGCUCCGCCCCUGCAGCAGUCCGGAUGCAACUGUUAGGGACGGGUGUCAGGAAGCAGAGGCAGGGCAGCGCAGGUCCGUCAGCUGGUAGAGUGUGCACAGUGUUGUCCUCCCUUAUCACUCCUGCUAGUGCUGCUUCCUCUGGACUACAGCUCAAACUCUGUUUAGUAGUAGAAUUACAAAAUGCCGUCGUAUUAACUCUUAACUUUAUCACCUUAUAUCAAGAGCAAAUAACCAGACAACCAGACAUGGCUAUUGUAAAAUGUGUAAUGUCACAGGAUAUCUAGAAUAUAGAGACACAAUAUUCUCAUUCUUCAACUAGUUAGUAUGGUCAUAAACCAAGUAUGAUUCAUAAUGAGGGAAAGACCUUUAAAAUAUUUAAGACCUAGAAUAAUUAUAAAUGAGGGAGUGAGUCAGUGAAUGCUUUAAUUUUUAUUUUUUGUACAUGAUGUAUUUUCCUUUUUCUAGAAUUAUUUUGUCUCCUAAAGCUGCCAAAUCCAUGAUUUAGUGCACUAUAGGACGUAGCCACUUUCUUUGAUGUAAUGAGUGUGUGGCUGUUGUGUGACUGUACAGUAUGUGAGUGUGGGUUUGCAUGAGUGUGAGUGUUAUCUCUGAGUCGCAAAUUUGUCAUCUAAAAAAAUCAUCUAUCUUGGAUAAAAAAGUGUCCUUUUAACAUCUCCCACACGGCCUCUGUAAGUUCCUCUGUCAUGCUAACUUUCUGAAUGAAUCCAGUACGUUUAAUGUCGAUGUGAGUAGUAUUCCACGUUUUCGCUGUCUGUAGAUGUGUGAUUUCCCUUAUAAGUAUAGCUGUAAAUCGUAAAA